CAUUGUAAUUCAACCAAUUAAAAAGUUGAGAAUUUAAUUUCAAACUCUGAAUAAAUUAUUGGAACUCCCUCCAAAAACCGUUAAUUGAAACAAUGAGCGUUCCCGCCUACGCGGCCACCCCAACCACACAGCUCUCUCCUCCUCCGCCGCCGCCGCCAUCACCAUCCAUACACCCAAACACAACCCCCAACCUAUUUCUCUCCAACAAAAAGUUCCCAAAUCACCAACUUCCCUUGAGACAGACCAACAACAAACCCCCUUCUGACCCCCAGAGUCUCAUGGACCUACUCAAUUUCUCGCCACUCUCGCAACGGCCGAUUAGCAGAGCACGCUGCAGAGUUCACCCGCAUGAGGGUCUCCGGCGUCGAUCCCAAUCACAUCACUUUCAUGACCCUUCUCUCUGCAUGCGCCGAUUUUCCUUCUCGAAGUCUGUGUUUCGGGAAAUCUGUUCAUGGUUAUGUUCGUAAAUUGGGUUUGGAUCGAAACAAUAUCAAGGUGGGUACGGCUGUUGUUGAUAUGUACUCCAAAUGCGGCCUCGUAGAUCUCGCUAGGUUAAGUUUUGAUGAGAUGGGUGUGAAGAAUAGAGUGUCUUGGAAUACGAUGAUUGAUGGGUAUAUGAGGAAUGGUCGAAUAGAGGAUGCAAUUGAAUUGUUCGAUGAAAUGCCGGAGAGAGAUGCAGUGUCGUGGACGGCUUUGGUUUGUGGGUUUGUCAAGAAAGGUCACUUUGAGCAAGCUUUGGAGUGGUUUCUUGAAAGGCAGCUCUCUGGGGUUGAACCCAAUUAUGUGACGAUCAUUGCUGUACUCUCCUCUUGUGCCAAUUUGGGGACACUUGGGUUAGGUUUAUGGGUACAUCGACUUGUUUUGAGUAAGAAAAUCAAGGACAAUGUUCGGAUAAAUAACUCGUUGAUAGACAUGCACGCGCCGUGUGGAUGUAUUGAAUUUUCUCGCCGAGUGUUUGAGAAAAUGAAGAUACGAACUGUGGUUUCGUGGAACUCAAUCAUUGUGGGGUUUGCGAUGAAUGGGAAUGCAGAGGAGGCUAUUGAAUUCUUCAAAUUGAUGCAAAUUGAAGGGUUCAAGCCAGACAUGGUGAGUUUUACUGGCGCUCUUGCUGCUUGGAGCCACGCUGGCUUAGUGGAUGAGGGGUUGAUGCUCUUCGAUGUCAUAAUGAGUGUUCAUAGAAUAUCACCAAGAAUUGAGAAUUAUGGGUGCGUUGUGGAUCUUUAUAGCCGCGCAGGGAGAUUGGAAGAAGCAUUGAAUGUCAUAGAAAACAUGCCCAUGAAACCAAAUGAGGUUGUGUUGGGGUCUUUGUUGGCUGCAUGUAGGACUUAUGGGAAUGUCAACUUAGCAGAAAGAUUAAUGAAUCAUCUUCUUCAAUUGGACCCUAGUAGCGAUUCUAAUUAUGUGCUUCUUUCAAAUAUAUAUGCAGCAGUUGGAAGUUGGGAUGGAGCAAACAUCGUGAGGAAGAAAAUGAAGGAUUUUGGUGUACAAAAGAAACCAGGAAUCAGUUCCAUAGAAAUAGAUUGUGAUGUUCAUGCAUUCGUGGCUGGUGAUAGAUCUCAUGUCGAUACAGAACAUAUUUAUGCAAUGUUGGAGUGUAUGCAGCUUGAGCUGAGGACAUCCGGGUAUAUUCCUGAAUCUAAUGUAGGGGAUUUAUGUGAAUAUGAUUGAAACUUUUCAGUUCUAAAAUAUGUAUAGAUUUAAAUUGUUGUAUGAAAUGCAAUUUUUCUAGUCUAAA